AUGGUGCCGGCCCCCCAUCGGCCACAGCGCCUUUUCAUCGCUGCAAGUGCUAUUGUCAUCGGCGUGCGCUCCGAGCACGCCGAUGCAUCAGAAGGCCAUCAGGAGGUUCGCCGAGAGUUGGCAUGGCUUCUUUCGGAGCAGAUCGUCGCUCCAGCUCAGCGCGCAUUGGCACCGAAGCCGAAAGAAAUGUUCACUACCAUGAGGUUCGUUGGGACACUGCGCUGUGGCGGCUCAUGGUGUGCCACGGCCUCAACCUUGCGCAGCCUUCGGCUUCGAAGUGCCGAGGAUAUCUUACAGAAGAUUCUUGAAAGCCAGAACCCGUCCAGUUGCGAAAAUGCCCGCUACAUGGUGUACCACGACGAUAGGACAACAUCUGGAUUUGGCUGGAACGCCUUCAUCCUUUUUAGUGCCUUUUUACAUGCCUUUUUGGAGGAGCGCGUCCUCGUAGAAGCCGCUGCAGUCACAGAUCGGGACCACACGAAGUGGCACCAGCGAUGGUGCAGUGACCCACCCCAUUCUCUGAAGUGCUAUUUUCAAAGCUGGAGCAGGUGUGAGCGUUCAGACCUGGUCGCCAAGGCCAUCCGGCAGGAUUUCUCCACUCUUCCAGACUGGCAGAAUGAUGUCGACGCAGGCAAGCAGAAUUCAUCGUGCACGUGCAACGAACGGCAGGUUCUUUGGAGAGCGUCGCAAAGAAGUGACGAGGCCUUUUUUCCCAGCACUGUUUCCAAGGGAAGAUUAUGGUGGUAUGCGGCUAUGGUUCGCAUCCUCAUGAAUCCUCUUCCAUGGCUCCAGGAUGCAGCCGAUCAAUUCGCGAACAUGCACGGAAUAAGCCAUCGUCCAUUUGUUGUUGCAGCAGUUCGGCGCGGCAACAAGAGUGUUGAGGUGCCCGACAUCGAGAUGCGCGAGUUUACUUCGCAGCUCAAAAUCUUCAAGGAACAUUACGGCAUCGCGGAUGUUCUGCUACAAACCGAGGACCAUGCAGAACUGCAGCUUCUGGAGCGAUGGUGCGGAUAUCAGGGACUCCGACUUCAUUACACGCCCAAUGAACGCACUGGACAGGAUCGAUUCAGCACUCGUUUCUGGCAGUCUCAAGUGAACAUGACUGAGGAAGGCCGAAUUGCUGCAUUGAAUUUGGUGAUUGGCAGCAAGGCUGUCGCCAUUCUCGGCUCCUUCCAUUCUGCCUGGAUGAAGCUUCAACCAGCCUUUAUGAUGGCUGUUCAAUGGAAGACAGUCUUGGUAAUUGGCCUCGCUAGCCAGGACUACCAGAAUUAUGGUUCCCUGGUGGGGGAUGAGGCCGAGGCACAACAACUGUUACGGCCUGGCGAAAUAUUCUCCCCUGUUCCAUGGCUGCUGUGA